GACGCGGAUAUGAAAGCUAGUUUAUCCCUCUUUCCUUUGCAACGGAUAUUGUUUAGAUUAACUAGACUAGUUAGCGAUAACUAGCUAAAUUAUAGGGAGAAAUGAUUCUCACUGUUUAGAAACGGAAAGGAUACCAGAAGGGGUAUUUGAGCGUCCUCGGAAUUCAUAUUUCAGGGUUGAGGCGUCAUCCAAAUUGGGAUAACUUUGAAGAAGUUCUUUGUAUUCAGGGAUCCGCUGAUAAGAAGACGUUAAACAUGGACUGGGGAACGGAUCUCUGGGACCAAUAUGACAUCAUCGACAAGCACACGCAAUCCGGGCUGGAACUGGUAGAGAAGUAUGUCAAGUUUGUGAAGGAGAGGACGGAGAUAGAGCAGAAUUAUGCCAAGCAGCUGAGAAAUCUAACAAAGAAAUACAAUCCUAAACGAGGCUGUAAAGAGGAACAGGAAUGCAGGUUCUCCAACCACCAGUCCUUCCUGGACAUCCUGAAUGAGAUGAAUGACUACGCAGGACAGAGGGAGCUGAUUGCUGAGAACAUGAUGAUGAACAUCUGCAUCGAACUCACCAAGUACCUGCAGGAGCUCAAGAUGGAGCGUAAGACGCAUCUGUCAGAGGCCAAGAAAUCCCAGCAGAGUUUGGAGAGCACCUAUAAGCAGCUCGACAGUAGUAAGAAACGUUUUGAGAGGGAGUGGCGGGAAGCGGACAAAGCUGCUCAGUAUGCCGAGAAAACUGACCAGGACAUCAACGCCACAAAGGCCGACGUCGAGAAGGCCAAACAGCAGGCCAACAUGAGGACACAUAUAGCGGAGGAGUGUAAGAACGACUACGCAGCCCAGCUGCAGAAAUACAACAAGGAGCAGAGCCAGUUCUACUUCAGUGACAUGCCUCUCAUCUUCAACAAACUCCAGGACAUGGAUGAGAGGCGGGUGAGGAAGCUGGCGCAGGGCUACGUCUUGUUCUCAGACACGGAGAGGCACGUGAUGCCCAUUAUCGGGAAGUGUCUGGAGGGCGUCACCAAAGCGGGCACUAAUGUCAAUGAGAGGAAUGACUCCAUUGCUCUUAUAGAGCAGUACAAGUCAGGCUUUGAGCGUCCUGGGGACCUGGACUUUGAGGACUACAGUCAGGGCAUCAACCGUGCCUCCUCAGACAGCAGCCUGGGCACCCUCGGUACACCCAAAGGCCCCCUGGAGCUGCUGGGCAAGAACAGGAGCAAACCGUUCUGGCUGUUCAGCAAGAAGAGUAAGCUCUCUCCCUCCCCCUCCUCACUCACCCCCUUGUCCACGCCCCCCGCCUCCUCACCCGCUAACGGACCCCCCUCCCCCAAGUUCGGCCGGGACCCAUUGUCGUACUGUUUGAAGGAGAUCAAUAAGACAGUCAAACCCAGAAUAUCCUCCUUCCGGACCCUCGGGCGAAUGAGGCUCACUCCAGAGAGGAUCAUAGUAAUGCCCACGGUGACAGAGGACUUCGGCCAUCUCCCCCCUGAGCAGCGCAGGAAGAGGUUACAACAGAAACUACAUGACAUUGGCAAGGAGUUGCAGAAAGAAGUGGACCAGAGUGAGGCCCUGGAGAAGAUGAAGGAUGUGUAUGAAAAGAACCCCCAGAUGGGAGACCCUGCUAGCCUGUCUCCCCAGAUCAACCAGACAGCCCAGAACAUGGAGAGACUGAGAUUAGAGCUCAGCAAGUAUGAGUCAUGGUUGACAGAGGCAGGAAGGCGAGGGGAUUUGAUGCUCAAGAGAGAUACGUUACCAGAGGAUGCGUUGAGCUACAGGUCUCACUCCAACAACAACGAACCAUACAGCCCUGACGGAACCCACUCUGAAGAAGGCACCCCAGAUCCCUCUCAGGCCAUCUACGCCGAGUUUGACGACGACUUUGAGGAGGAGGAGGAGCUUGUCGCUCCCAUCGGCCAAUGUACAGCCAUGUACAACUUCCCAGGCGCCAGCGAGGGGACCAUCACCAUGCAGGAGGGGGAGGUGUUGUCUGUAGUGGAGGAGGAUAAAGGUGACGGCUGGACCAGGGUCCGCAGGGCCAACGGGAACGAGGGCUACAUCCCAACAUCCUACGUCAGCAUCAGCCUCAGCAAGUGACCCGACACACAUCCCACCCACACGAGGCCCGAGGGAAUGGCCAGUCAUCACUGAUGAUGAUUCCAAAAUACUGUGGCAGCUCUCUCAUGGGACCAAUCAGAAAGAGAAACAAAGCACUGUGGGCAGGACCAUAUGGGUGUCCGUAAGGAGACUACUAGGGCCAAUCGAGUCGCUUUGAUUUCCUCGCUGAGAUGCGCACCCAUGAUUUCUUUCCCCUGCUGGCCAGAGAAGAUGCAGUCAAUUGUGCUUUUGGCUCCUCCUGGCUUGCAUGUCUGUACCAGGUCACUAUACUUACCACAAGCCACACAUUUUCAUCGUAGUUCUUCUUGAUAUUAUCACAGUGCGGUUGUGGUUUAGUAGUGGAUAUCAUAGCAGGACUGAUGAUAUAGAUUACAAUGCGGCACCAACCAACAUAUGCCCUCACCUCACUGUGGGAAGGCUUCUCCUUUUCACAGUGAGAGGAGGAUUAGAAGUGCUGUACUGGAGCAUUUGACAUCAGGGUCGUUUUCAGUAAGGAUAAAACAUUUUGAAACAGAGGUACUGAACUUGUCCAAUGAGAACACAGUGCUCCAGUGUGCCCUACUGCAGUGUGCCCUACUGCAGUGUGCCCUACUGCAGUGUGCCCUACUGCAGUGUGCCCUACUGCAGUGUGCCCUACUGCAGUGUGCCCUACUCCAGUGUGCCCUACUCCAGUGUGCCCUACUGAACAGGAGCCAGGAUUAAGAGGAUGUUUCUGACACAUGAAGCAUAACCUGCUCUCUCUCUCUCACUCCCAUGCAGCCAGAAUGUAAACUGAUCACAUUCUUGCUCUUCUUCAUGUUUGCACACGGCAUUUUGGACAAAGAACAUUUGCUCAGAGAAAGGAAGUGUCUCAACACAGGUGUAUGAGCACUGCAUUUCAGUAGGAAAGCCCUGUUGACACAGCCACUAUUCAGAUCAGAUAUACUCACCAGUUAGCGUGACUUUAUUUCCUUGUGCUCUGAUGUAUAAAUAGAUUAGCCCCCCACAAGGCCAAAGACUGACACAUACUGAUGGCAAUAAAGAAAUGCUUCAGACAAUCACAGCCGUAUCUUCACUACAGCUCAGUUUCAAGCCAUCGACAUAAAUGGCCUAUAAGAGAGCUCUUCUAUAGCUCUCGAUUCUGGAUGGUAAAUAAUGAAUUGUUUGUAUUGAGAAUAUAAUUUAUUAAGUAUGUGUAUGUUGCUACAUUUAAGAGUUAAAGUUUAAGGCAUGUUUUGGUUUAUAUCAUAGGAGUUGACUCCCGUUUGUACUUUUCCCUGCAAACAUGGUGGACUGUCUGUAUCCAGAGGCGAGAGCGAUACCAAUAAAUUGUUGCAGACAGAAUAUGUGCAACGUUAAGACGAUCAUAUUUAUGUUAUAAAAUAAUAUAUUUUAGCUAUCACUACACCACUAUUGUCUUAUUAGCUUUUUAACCUGAUGAAUAAAGAUUGAAGUUGAGAGCAGAUGUGUAUCUUCGUGAGGUGAAUGUGUCCAUUUUGUCUGGAGUUUAAUAGACGCUCCAGUUUUGAGCCACGCCGGAAUAUUCCUAACGUAAAAACUCACUUCCAUGUCCAGGUGCCUUUCUUGUUGAAAGCAUUGUGUGUGUGUAUACCUAACAUGCAAAUGUCUUCUGUUUUUAAGACUAAUAAAUGUAACACGCAUUUCAAAGUUCAA